ACAACGUCACUAGUAGCAGCAUGUUUUUGACGUUAGCAUGUAGUUCAAGAGGGAUUAUUGGCACUUUUAUUAUACCACUCGGCUAAAUGUCAGUACAGUUGUAUUUGUUUAGCAAAAUCAGUUGCAUUUUGUGACUAAUAGAAGAUAACCUGAUGUAGCUAAUGCCAACUACCUAGCUAACGGAGCUAAAACACAGCACAACAGUAAACCUGGAGUUUGAAGGGUUUUUGCGACUGCUGUGUAGAUGUCACCAUGGCUGAUGACCCGCAGAGAAAUUUCCGCUCCGCUUAUUAUGAAAAAGUUGGGUUCAGAGGAGUGGAGGAGAAGAAAUCACUGGAAAUACUGCUGAAGGAUAAUCCCUUAGAUGUAGAGAAGCUGAGCACCUUCAGUCAGCGGUUCCCCCUCCCGUCCAUGUAUCGGAUCCAUGUGUGGAAAGUACUGCUUGGCAUCCAACCCCCCCACAGCGACUCUCACGCUCUGGUUGGAGGUUAUAGGAAGGAGCAGUAUCAGGAUGUGUUGGAGGCUCUGGAGGUGAUGAGAUACAUCAGUGCAUCCACACCCUCGACCCACGUCUACCUGCGCAUGUUCCAGCUGGAGAGCCAGGUUCUUCCACGAUGCUCUGAGACGUCCCCCCCGGAUGAGGAGAAUGAAGACUUCCUGUCCAUCAGUCGAGCCAUGGAGGAGAUUGUAGAUGAUCCCAUCGACUGCUAUUGGCUGAUUAAAUGUUUUGUGAAUCAGUUCCACUCAAAGUUUGGAGACUCACUACCUCAUCUACCAAAGAGCCUGGAGCACUAUCUGAGUCAGGAGGAGCCCCGGCUGCUGAACCACCUGAAGAACACUGGAGCUUUAGCCCAGCUGCCUUACAGCCUCUGGUUCAGACGCUGCUUCGCUGGCUGUCUGCCCGAGUCCAGCCUGCAGAGAGUUUGGGACAAAGUGAUCAGCGGCUCAUGUAAAAUCCUGGUGUUUGUUGCUUUGGAGAUCCUGCUGAGCUACAAGCUUGUGCUGAUGGGCAUCAACAGGCCAGAGGGUGUGGUCAAGUUUCUGUGUAAUAUUCCCCAGGAAAACACAGAUGCCAUUGUGACUAAAGCCAUCGACUUGUGGCAUAAAUACUGUGGUACGCCAAUGCACGCCGUAUAGACACAUGGACCCUCAGAUGUCGCUGGAAUCCCAUAGACUUCACCACGAAACUGAACUGAAAUCUCAUAUUCACUGUGGAGAAGUCUGAGGAACAUUUUUCCACAUCAACACGGCAAGUCACAGCUUCUCUUAAGAGUCUAAAACUGGAGACAUCUGUUGGAAACAUCAGGCUGAUCAGUGGAGAGAAGUGAUUCCAGGUGUCAAACUCUCCUGGAUGGAUCAUCAGAGCAAGAGAUUAACGACGGUGUGUUAACCUGGCGCAAGAUGACUCCCAAGAUGUGUUUCAGUACCAAACACACCAUCAUAGAGCUAAAGUGGAAAACACUCUGCCUCAGCUUGAGGGGAAGUCAGUAACCAUGGCAACAAUUCUGGUUUUUAUACCCUAUGAAAUAAAAUGUUACACACUAAAAAAUAAAACAACUCUAUUACAGCUUGA